AUGUCUGACCGGGAGGCAAAACCUUCAAGUGAGAUUUUAGAGGAUAAAGUUAUUACAGUCAAAGUGAUUGCACAGGAUGGCAGUGAGAUACACUUCAAAGUGAGGAUGACAACGCAACUCAAGAAACUCAAAGAAUCGUAUUGUCAAAGACAGGGUGUCCCAUCCAACUCCCUGAAGUUUCUCUAUGAAGGUCAGAGGAUUGCUGAUAGCCACACUCCAGAGGAGCUGGAGAUGGAGGAGGAAGACAUGAUUGAAGUUUAUCAGGAACAAAUCGGCGGCCAUUCAACGGUUUAG